GAGGCCCGGCGCGCGAGCCCCCGGGGGCGGGGCAAAAGAAAUUGAGAGUGUCCUGCAUUUACCACUCAGCGUUCCAGGAGGACAUAUCCAAUGGUCUGCUUGUCACCUGAACCCCCUCCCUGUGGGGCCUAAACGGGGGUCCUCCUGUUCCCUGGAGAUUCACUUACUUGCUCUCCUGGAAUUAGUUGCCAUCAAGGGCUCUCUCCUCCCUGUUUCCUUACAUGGUUCUGCUUAUCCGGAGAGUAGCUCUUGGCCAAGACCUGGCAGUGGAGAGCCAUGGACCAGUACAGCCUUGGAGACGAGGGUGCCCUCCCAUCAGAAAUGCACCUCCCUUCAUUUUCAGAGAGCCAAGGGCUCAACUGCAGUGACACCCUCAACCGGGAUCUGGGUCCCAACACGCGAGACCUGCUCUAUGCUGGCCUGAGUGGUUUGGACCCGGACCCCAACCUCCCAACGCCUGACAUGUCCAGCGAGGUGCUGGAGGACAACUUAGACACCCUGUCCCUGUACUCGGGGAAGGACAGUGAUUCUGUGAAGCUGCUGGAGGAGUAUGCAGAUUCGGAGUCUCAGGCAUCCUUACAAGACCUGGGGCUAGGUGUGCUUAAGGCUAAAGAGGCUGAUGAAGGAGGAAGGGCCACCUCGGGGAGUGCCAGGAAAGGAAAGCGGCAGCACAGUUCCCCUCAAAACCCACUUCUGGACUGCAGCCUGUGCGGGAAGGUUUUCAGCAGCGCCAGUUCUCUGAGCAAGCACUACCUGACGCACAGCCAGGAAAGGAAGCACGUCUGCAAAAUCUGCAGCAAGGCCUUUAAGCGCCAGGACCACCUGACCGGGCACAUGCUCACCCACCAGAAGACAAAGCCCUUCGUGUGCAUCGAGCAGGGCUGCAGCAAGAGCUACUGCGACUACCGGUCUCUGCGCCGGCACUACGAAGUCCAGCACGGCCUGUGCAUCCUGAAGGAAGCCCCUCCGGAGGAAGAGGCCUGCGGGGACUCCCACUACGCCCACGAGUCGGCCGGCCAGCCUCCCUCUAGCAGCCUGCGGUCUCUGGUGCCCCCGGAGGCCAGGUCCCCCGGCUCCCUUCUGCCCCACCGGGACCUCCUGCGCCGCAUCGUGAGCAGCAUCGUCCACCAGAAGACCCCUUCUCCUGGCCCGGCCCCAGCGGGGGCUUCAGACAGCGAAGGGAGGAACACGGCCUGUCCCUGCCCCGCCUCAUCGGGGUCCUCCUCCUGCACCCCAGCCGGUCCCCCCGCGGCCCCAGCAGCGCUGGACACCGAGCUUCCCGAGGAGCCUCGUCUCUCACAGAAAGAGUCGGCCACUGACGUGUUCACAGCCCCUCAUUCCAGGGCUGCCGAGAAUGGCGCCUCCGACCCGCCAGAGCCUGAGCCAGAUCCCGCGCUGCUCCAGGCCCGGUCCACCGCGGAGGGCUGGCCCGAGGGCGGCUCCGUGCCCGCCUGCCUGCCUCUCUUCCGAGGCCAGACGGUCCCUGCCAGUUCCCAGCCAUCGAGCCACAGCUUCCAGUGGCUCCGGAACCUGCCGGGCUGCCCCAAAGGCAAAGGAAACAACAUGUUUGUUGUCCACAAGCCCCCGGCCGUGCCGUCGCGGGAGAGCUCCGAGUCUGGCCCAGGACCCAGCAGCGCCGCCCUCUCGGAGGAGUCCCCGCCCGGCCCCGGGGGCGGCCUGGAGGACGCGUUGCCCUUCCCUCCCGCGCUCCUCAGGGCCCCCGGGGAGGCCCUGAGCGACACCAGGUCGGCCAGCGGAGAAGAUGACCCCUGCGCCCCCAGGAAGGGCAAGCUCGACUGCGACUCCUUCCUGUGCCAGAACCCUGGGGAGCCCGGCCUCCAGGAGGCCCAGAAGUCUGGGGGGCUCCCUGCGGAUGCCUCACCGCUCUUCCGCCAGCUCUUCCUCAAGUCGCAGGAGCCUCUUGUGAGCCACGAACAGAUGCAGGUGUUCCAGAUGAUCACCAAGUCCCAGCGGAUCUUCUCCCACGCCCAGGUGUCCGCAGCCUCCUCCCAGCUCCCCGCGCCUGAGGGCAAGCCGGCCGCCCUGAGGCCACUGCAGGGACCAUGGCCGCAGCAGCUUCCGCCACUGGCUCCUGCUGUGGACUCUCUCAAUGCCGGCCCUGGAAACCCCGAGGCAGAGGGCUCCCCAGCCCACAGGAGAAAAACCACACCCGGGGUUGCCAGAGAGGCCUCCCCCGGUAACACGAGACGAGACGCAAAGGGGGGACUGAAAGUGGCCGCGGUUCCAACGCCCCUUGCAGCGCCGUCUCUGGACCCUUCCAGGAAUCCAGACAUCUCUUCUCUGGCCAAGCAGUUGCGAUCCUCUAAAGGGACCUUGGACCUGGGGGACAUCUUCCCCUCCACAGGCCAACGGCAGACCCAGUUAGGUGGGGAGGAGCUGCCGGGAGCCUCGCUGCCCAGGAAGCAGGCCCCAGCUGAGAAUGGCGCGGUUUCAGGGACCACGAAAGGUCAAAAGGGCCCACCCUGCUCCCGGGGUGGAGGCUACCGGCUCUUGGGCAACCCCAGGGCGCCGCGAUUCUCCGGCUUCCGGAAAGAAAAGGCGAAGAUGGAUAUGUGCUGUGCGGCUUCUCCGAGCCAGGUAGCCAUGGCCUCCUUCUCAUCGGCCGGGCCCCCAGCAGAUCCCUCCAAGUCCAAGCUGACAAUAUUCAGCAGAAUCCAGACAUUGUGCUUAGAGUGCAGUAACCAGCAAAAUGGCGGUUCCACAGACUGGACGGAGCCCAGGAGCACUUUCAUCUGCAAGAACUGCAGCCAGAUGUUUUAUACGGAGAAAGGACUGAGCAGCCACAUGUGUUUUCACAGCGACCAGUGGCCGUCACCUCAAGGGAAGCAGGAACCGCAGGUGUUUGGCACAGAGUUUUGCAAGCCGCUAAGACAGGUGCUGAGGCCAGAAGGGGACAGGCAUAGUCCCCCAGGAGCCAAGAAGCCCUUGGACUCCACAGCUGCAGCCCCUUUGGUGGUCCCCCAUUCGAUCCCCGUGGUUCCAGUGACCCGACACGUAGGGAGCAUGGCCAUGGAACAAGAGAAAGAUGGGGAGGAGCGAGACAGCAAGGAGAGCAGCCAGCAGAGAAAGCGGAAGAAGCGGCCCCCACCCAAGGGGCUGUUCAUCCCUCCUCCACCCUCCACGGCUGGGGAGCCCGGCCCUGCAGGAUGCCACCAGAGUCGCCUGCGGUCGCCCAUGUUCCUGGUGGACCGCCUCCUGAAGGGCUUAUUCCAGUGCUCCCCCUACACACCGCCCCCAAUGCUCAGUCCCAUCCGGGAGGGCUCUGGAGUGUACUUCAACACCCUCUGUUCCACAUCCACUCAGGCCAGCCCUGACCAGCUCAUCAGCUCCAUGCUUGAUCAAGUGGAUGGGUCUUUUGGCAUCUGUGUGGUGAAGGAUGACACCAAGAUCAGCAUUGAGCCACAUAUCAAUAUAGGAAGCCGGUUUCAGGCAGAGAUCCCAGAACUUCAGGAAAGAUCCCUGGCUGGAAUUGACGAGCAUGUAGCUUCUCUGGUCUGGAAGCCAUGGGGAGAUAUGAUGAUCAACCCAGAGACACAGGAUAGAGUGACUGAGCUCUGCAACGUGGCGUGCUCCAGCGUGAUGCCAGGAGGGGGCACCAACCUGGAGCUCGCUCUGCACUGCCUGCACGAGGCUCAGGGCAACGUUCAGGUCGCCCUGGAGACUCUCCUGCUCCGAGGGCCCCACAAGCCACCGACACACCUGCUCGCUGACUAUCGCUACACAGGUUCAGACGUCUGGACCCCUAUAGAGAAGAGGCUUUUUAAGAAGGCGUUCUAUGCCCACAAGAAGGACUUCUACUUGAUACACAAGACGAUCCAGACAAAGACGGUAGCUCAGUGCGUUGAGUAUUAUUACAUCUGGAAAAAAAUGAUCAAGUUUGACUGUGGCCGAGCCCCAGGGCUAGAAAAGAGGGUCAAGAGAGAGCCGGAGGAGGUGGAAAGGACAGAGGAAAAGGUCCCAUGCAGCCCUCGGGAGAGACCCAGCCACCAUCCAAUUCCUGAGUUAAAGAUAAAAACCAAGAGUUAUAGGAGGGAGUCCAUCCUCAGCUCCAGCCCAAAUGCAGGCCCCAAGCGGACCCCCGAGCCGUCGGGAAGUGUGGAGAGCCAGGGCAUUUUUCCAUGCAGAGAGUGUGAAAGGGUGUUUGACAAGAUCAAGAGUCGAAAUGCCCACAUGAAGCGGCACCGCCUUCAGGACCACGUGGAGCCCAUCGUCAGGGUGAAGUGGCCGGUGAAGCCCUUCCAGCUGAAGGAAGAAGAGCUGGGAGCUGACAUCGGCCCCCUGCAGUGGUGAUUCCCAUGGCAGGAAGUCCGAAUGGGGCCUCUGGUGCUGCCCCUCCUCCCUUCGGCCUCUCCAGGGUGUUUGGGGUACCCCUCUGCCUCCCCCCACCCUCCCCAUCCCCCGUUGGCCAACCAGCCUGCAAACGUGGCGGGCAUUUGGCCACAGAUAGGCAGGAGGAGCUCAGUUGUUGGACAGCUAUGCAGUCCCUGUCCAGUGGCGCUGGAGGCUCUACUCUCCUUAGGUUCAUAGUCUCUCCCCUUCUUUCCCUUCCACUUCUAGAGCAGGGAGGCUUGGGGAGGGGAAAAGUUAGCUCUGGGUAGCUCUUAAAUCUUAGCCUCAGUUGUGGGGUUUGGUUUCGUGUGUUAGAUAAGGCCAAGACGUAGAGAAUCAGUGGGAAAAAACCUUGAGAUCUCCAGCAUGCUGGGCCCCUCCCCAGGGCGGGGACUCUGCCUUCCAGAUUCAGUCCCUAGUCUUGCGAUGAAUUCUGCAUUGUUCCGUGUUUUUUGUACGUGUCAACUCAUAAAUCUGAUUAAAUUGGGUUCUUGA